AUGUACUGGAGAGUGCAACUGAUCCGUGCGCUGGUGAGCUCGUCCCUGGGCCCGCCUACGCAAAUACCGAGCGGCCCUGCUUCGCGGGCACCACGCUCGGUGAGGUUUUGUGUGCAUGCAUAUUUCCCUCGAUGGGCGCCCUGGCUGUGUACUGCGCCACAAGUCACUCGAGAAGUAAAGCACGAUAAGCUCUCGGAGAACGUCCUCCCGCCGCAGCUUUCCAUGUCAACUCGACGUACAAAAGUCGUCACAAUCAGGCAAGGUGGCAGGAACGCGCCCGAAUCGCAGGAGCUAAGAGGGGAUUCCUUCGUUUUAGCUGUCUCGGACGAGUGA